CUUAUAUAUAUAUCAUACAUAGUACGUUAGUAAGUUUAAAUUCUUCAAAUAUGGCUCUUGUUUACAGUGGAAAUCUAUUUAAUUGACAGUGAAAUCAGAUUGAUAAAAAAGUCCUAAGUAACGCAUGACAAAGUUUAUCUCAAUUACUAAUGGAGAAUCAAAAUAAUUUGCAACUAGAGUGGAAGAAACCAGAAGAAGUAAUGCAGUUACAUCGACUAAAAAUGAAAAAACGUGCUCUUCAAGCACGUAUGAACAAUGCACACGUCAAUAGAAAAAAUUUAGAAUUAAAGCCCACACAAAAAUCUAAUAGUAUUGAUUCUAAUCAAUGUGCAAAUCAGAAGCGAAAAAAUCCUUUCAGUAAAAAUGAAACAUGUAAAAUGUUGAAUAUAACACCAGCAGAUGUGGAAACUAGUAAUGAUAAUACAUUAUUUGAGUUAUUAAAAAUUAAGGUUGCAAAAGUGAAUGAAAUGAAUAACUCAAUACCUAAUUAUCCUUUAACAUUUAGCGAUGCAUUUUUAAAUUUGGAAAUAAAUAAGGAUAUUUUGAAUUUAGAAGCACUUAAAGGUGAGAAAUAUAUUCCAAUAGAUUGGACUUUAAAAACUAAAAUGAGAUUUAUGUCGCCAAAACCAUUUCCUUGGAAUUGUAAAUUAAAAACUAGUGAAGAAGCCUCGGGUACUACUGGUUUUGUAAGAUGUUUGGAUAUUAGUGAACAACACUCAACUUUAGAUACUAGUCCAAAUGCAAGGUUACAUCAAUGCUGUUUAAUAUGGCAGCAUCCUUCAUUACCAUGGCUAGAGUUAUUUCCUCGUUCCACUGGCAAAGUGAGUGCAACUUUAGUAAGUAAUUCUAUGAUAAUAAACAACAUGUUCAUUAAGGAAGCUUUGUAUAAAGAAUGGAGUGAAAGCUUCAGAUCACUUUUUCAUUUAUUAAGAGCACGACAAUGUCCAUAUUUUUAUGUCUGCACGAACAAUUUUACUGUAUUAUUUCGUGCUGCUGGAAUAUGUGGAAUUUCUGAAGCUCAUGCCCUUUUGACUCCUACAACACGUGGCUUCCGACAAUCUUUAAAACAAGAAGAAAUUGAGUAUACAAUGCCUUUGCGAAAAGAUUCUAAACGACGGUCAGAUGUAACUGAUUCAGGAUGUGAUACAGUAGAUUCAAUUGCAUCAAAUACUACAUUCAGUUAUACAGAGAAUCAAAAUUUGGAUGAUGAGGAUGAUGAGACACAAGAUGAAUGGCUGCAAAGUCUAGGAGUUGAAAAUUCCGAAAUUCGUAAAAUUAAUAAUUCUCAGACAAGAAUGACAUUAGAAAGACAAACUGAAAUAGACAAUAUGAAAGAAUCCCUCAUUUUUGUAAAAGGUGUUGAAGCACAAGCUUUAUUUAAUUUUUUAAUUAAUUGUAAGUCUGCCAUUACAACAACUGGUCCUUUGGCAGGAGUACCUCCGACUCUUUUAUCACCAGUGGCUUUUCAUGGUGCAACAUUAAAACCAAUUAAGGUUAAGGAAAGUAUAGUUCGUGUUGACAAUGAGAGAUAUUUUUCUAUGGAAUUAAAAGGACCUCUUCUGCCACAUGUAUUACCUUUGCUUUGUUCUUUAAUGAAAUCUAGUCAAUUAGAACAAUAUUCUGCAAGUUGUGCAGGAUUACAGUCAACAACUUCAUUUUCAGCAAUGAAAAAUAAUUUUGAAGAAAUGGAAUCUGGAAAUGUACCAAAAAUUCCAGAAAAUGUUUUUGGUAAAGAAAAUUUAAGCGAUUGUGGAUUUAAUAGCGAAUUAUUAAAAGAUUUUUGUAGUCCUGACCCAACACAUAUCAAUAUUAUAGAAAAUAUUAAAUUUUCAAAUAAUUUAUAUACAUGGUCGUGACAAAAAAUUAUUAUUAUAUUAAAAAUAUUAGGAGCAAAGCUCUAAUUAUGUCUAUUUGUUGGUUAAUUUAGAAAAAUUAA